AUGAGAAUCACCUGCGCACGCGUUUGGCGCGUUUACGACACGGUCGCGACGCGUCCUACCGCGGUUCCUACGCCUCUGCACGUCGUGUUCUUUGGUGGUGUGGGCGCGCGCAUACGCGUCCUCUCCCAGCCAGUCUGCCCGCACCCAGUCGACGUCGAUGCACAAUGUGCAGCUCCAGAUUUUCCCAGCCACGUGCCAGGUCUGUAG